AUGCACAAAUUAUUUGGUAUUACCUAUGAUUAUCUAACUAUAAGUCCAAAUUAAGCAAGAACAGUAACUCAUCCUUGUAUUUCUCUCUAUUAUAAAUUAUAGCCACUUAUAUAAAGGAAGGUACAGGAAAAUAAGCAAUUAGAAAAAUAUAUGGUAAUGCAGGUGGUGGAGUACCAUAUGAUUAAUUUGAAUAAUAGACAUUAGCAUAAUUGAAAAUUAAAUUAAAUGGAUUGGCUACGUACUAAUAUAUAUUAAAAUUCAUAGUCAUUAUCCUGACACAUUGUUAUAUCGAUUCUUGUAUUCAUUUCGUUUUAGUUUGGAUGAUACUUACAAUGGAAUUAAGAAUCAUGAAGAAUGGUUGAACAAUCCCUCUACAUUCUAAUUGAAUAGUGGAUCUUAAGCAAUUUUGGUAAUUUUAUGACAUUGAAUUCUAGGACAAAGGUAUUAUUUAUAUGGGUGGAAGAGAUAAAAAACUUAGACCUUCAAUCAUUUUCUAAGUGGGAUUAAUAGAUUAAAAGAAUAUCAAAGGUGAUGAGUUCUUAGCAGCAUUAAACACCGUUUUUAUGAUUACAUAGCAAUAUUGUUUUUCAUAAGGAUUUAUUGAAAAUUGGAUUAUAUUAGUAGACACAGCCGAUUUAGGUUUAUUAAGUUUGCCAAUUGAAAUUUUGAAGAAGAUUAUUUCGACUGCUUCAUCUCAUUAUGUUGGAGAUUUAGAGAAAUUAUAUAUGUUGAAUCCAUCUAUGGGUCUUAAUAUGUCAUGGGGCUUGGUUUCAAGUAAAUGAAUUAAUUAAUAAUAUUAGGAUUUAUUGAUGAUAGAUCAAACAAGAAAAUUUAAUUUCUUUAAAAAAAGGAUUUCUCUAAAUUGUAAGAGUACUUUGAUCCAAGUUAAUUAGAAGUAUAAUAUGGAGGGACAAUGCCUAAAAUUAAGUAAUAUUGGCCUCCAUAACCCACAAUUUAAAUAGAAAAACCUUAAUUAUAGUAAUCAAAUCAAAUUGUAAAUUAUGAACCAAGUGUAAGAUCUCAAAGAUCUAAUCGAUCAGAACCAUAUAAUCAAUAAAAGUAUUAAACAUACUAAGCUCCAUUUAAGAAACCCUAACUUGAAUAGCAAAAUCUAAAUCUAUAAGAAUCCUUAAAACAUGAAUAUUUUGAUUCAAAUAUUAAUCUACCAGUAAUGUAACCUACAUCAUAUGCAUCUAAUAAAGCAAUAUAAUUAAGAUAAACUGAAGAAAGACCAUCUUAAUUAACAUAAAAUUUUGGAUAUGAUUAUAGUUCAUAGAAACAAUAAAGGUUAGAAGUCUAAAAUACUAAUUUAUCAACAUCCCGAGAGAUUUAACAUAUAUCCUUCUAAGAUUUACAUUUUACUUAGUAGUCACAAAAUAAUCAAUAAACAAAUCAGACAAAAUUAAGUUACAGAUUGAAUGGAGAGGAGAAGUAAUUCCCAAAAUUCCCAGUAAUUGAAGAAGAAUCUUAUGAAAAGAAAACUUAAUUUUUGCAAUAAUCUAGUUAAUCCAAAAGCUUUAUUGAAGAACCUUUAGAUUCUACUCAAUUUAGAUAAUCACAAUCUUUAAGAAAAUCCUAUUAAUAAUAUAAUUUAAGUCAAUAAGAUUUUCAACCUCCCUAUCCCAAUGCUUUACCUUCAAGACCUUUAGUCUUAGGGCCAUCUGAAAAUUUGGAAGAUAAAUUUUAAUAGAAUUAAAAUAAGUAAAUCCCUUAAUCAACCUAUCAAAAACCUAAAUCUCAAGAAAUUAAACAUUACUAAAUACCAUCACAAUAAUCAGAAUUAUAACCAUCUAUAUAAACUGAUUUUUUAAGAAAAACAGCAAAUUUCUAAGCAAGAGAUGGUAAAUAUACAGCUUGUGAUAUAUUUUGA